AUGCUGAGAUGCUGCACAGUGUGUUGUGGUGUCUGGGACAGUGCAUCUCCCAGACAGAACUGCUUCUUGCUGACCUCUCAGUGGCAUCCAGAGGUGAUGACCCAGAUGGACAGAGCCGCGAAGCGCAUAGAGCCGUGGAAGAUAGCAGUCAUCGUUGUGUCGGUGAUCGUAGGCUUCGCCCUCAUCAUUGGCUUGAUUACAUUCUUUUUGUGCAAUGAUCAGGACCGAUACUACGAUGCAUCUUUCCUCAUCACCAAUGUCAAGUACGACCCUCAGUAUGAGAGGCAAACUACAGAAGAGUUCAGGCACCUGAGCCAAGAGAUUGAAACUAUGAUAUCUGCAGUAUUCAAGGGGUCCUUUCUAAGUAAAAGGUACAUCAGGUCCCAUGUUGUCAGUCUAAGCCCGGAUCCCGGCGGCGUGCUGGCGUCUGUUGUGCUGGUGUUCAGAUUCCCCUCGGCCGACGGGAAGGCCUCCACCUGGGGCCACGUCAACAGCGUGUUACGCAGGAGGCUGAAAACAAGUUCCACGUUCCUGGAGGUUGACCAGUCUACCCUUGCACUCAGAGAGCUGAAUAAGGAAAAUGGAGAUAACCUUUUGAACAACUGCUGCGGGAUCCGCAGGCCGACGUUCUCCUUCACGGGGGUGGAGAGGAUCACCGGCGGGCAGCGCGCGCGGGAGGGCGAGUGGCCGUGGCAGGCGAGCAUUCAGCUGGACGGCACCCAUCGCUGCGGCGCCUCGGUGAUCGGCCAUACGUGGCUGGUGACUGCAGCCCACUGCUUCAGAGGAGUAACUAAUCCUCGGAGGUGGACGGCCAGCUUUGGAAUUCUGCUAAGACCUCCAAAACAGAAAAAACCCGUCCGAAGAAUCAUCAUUCACGAAGGUUACGGCAACUCCGUCCUUGAUCAUGAAUAUGAUGUGGCUGUUGUGGAACUUGCCUCUCCCAUUGUGUUCACGAGUGACGUGCACAGUGUCUGCCUUCCUGAAGCAUCCCACGUUUUCCCAGAGAACGCUUCCUGCUUUGUCACAGGUUGGGGAGCUCUGGAGAAUGACGGCUCUAGUGUUAAUCACCUUCGACAAGCAGAAGUGAAAAUUAUAAGUACGGCAAUUUGUAAUAGAAGAGAAGUGUAUGGUGGAGCAAUAACUCCUGGAAUGUUGUGUGCUGGGUACUUGGAGGGGCAGGUGGAUGCCUGCCAGGGUGACUCCGGUGGGCCACUGGUACAUGAAAACUCCAGAGGAAUCUGGUACCUCGUGGGAAUAGUGAGCUGGGGAGACGAGUGUGGCAAGCGAAAUAAACCGGGAGUGUACACACGGGUGACCUACUACCGAAACUGGAUCCACUCCAAAACGGGCAUCUGA